UUCGCAAAAUGAAUAUUGUAUAAGGAAUUUAUUUCAACAAACCAGGACUCCACAAACCAUUUAGUUAUAGGUACUUUAUACGAGUACACUGGAAGGUUAUGCGCUAUAGCACAUUAAGAUAUUACUUCAUAUAAGUAGUUCAUUAUUAAUUGGAAAGAGAAACAUACUACCUAUACUAAGUUCGGAGUACGAUUGAACCUUAGCAUAAACAUGAAUUAUUGUCCUGCUUAUCGCAAAAUGUGAAUCUAGUGGCGGCCAGAAGACGUCGAAAUUAAUGGAUAUACCAAUUAGGACUAUAGAAUCUGAACAAAACUAUAUACCCACGGAAAGAAACGAACAAAUAGAGUUGCGUGCGAAAACUGUGCACAAACCAGUCACGGAAGUGCCCACAACUGCGAAGGAGAAAAGAAAAAUAAUGAGACAAAAUGUAAUACAAGUGUUGACAAAGUCGACUGUAAUGCCAUUCCGUUGGUUGAAGAGCUCCUAUAGAUGUUUUUACUGCUACAACAUAUUUCAAGAACCAUCUGACCUAAAGAAUCAUCAACUAACUCAUAUUGGUGACGAUAUAAAAGAACAAGCAAUGAACAACUAUUGGGAAUCGGUAGUCUAUGUAGAUGUCUCAAAUUUGUCUUGCAAACUGUGCCCUGAGAAAAUUAUGGAUCUUCAUAGCUUAGUAGAUCAUUUAGUCGUUGCACAUAACGUGGUUUUUAACAAAGAUGUAGGAUUGUGUAUGGUGGCGUUCAAAUUAGAUAAUGUGUCGGUUAACUGUCUCGUCUGCGGUGCUACCUUUUAUUCUUUUGGCCCUUUACUGUGUCACACGAAUAAAGACCAUAAAGGAACUUCUGUGAUACUCUGUGACGUUUGCGGACAACAUUUUAAAGGAGAAAACCUAUUGAGGCUGCACAUCAAAACAGUUCAUGAGAACACUGGCGUGUUAUGUACGGAAUGUGGUGAAAAGUUCGACACUCGUUCGAAAUUAAAGACUCAUCAGAAGAAUCAGCAUGAAGCCGCGAAGAAAUACAAAUGUUUGGUCUGCAUACAGACGUUUGACAGCCAUUACAAAAGAUCUGCGCACAUGGUAGCGGAACACCAGAACAGGAAAGCUAUAAAAUGCUUGCACUGCCCUAAAACGUUCGUGUUUAGGAGCAUGAUGAUGACACACUUGAGAGACGCGCAUUUGAAGGUGAGGAAUCACAUUUGUAGUAUUUGUGGGUGGAAAGCGUUUAAUAAUAAUCGUUUGAAGAACCAUAUGCUUAAACAUAGCGGUGAGAAGAAUUUUAAAUGCGAAGUCUGUGGCAAAGCAUUUACAACCAAGAAGAUAAUGAAAGCUCAUUUCAUGAGAUUACAUUCCGAUAAGCCCGUCCAGUCACAAUCAAUGGGAUAUUUAAUUAGUAACUAACUUAA